AUGAAGAACUGCCAAGAAUGGGACGCCUCUCACACCUUCGACGCAGCUUUGGCAGCAAUUCGGCCGGCCAACACACAAGCCAAUCCAGAGCGCAGAGCGUCGUUCUAUGAGUGGUUGAAAGCAUUGGGCAUUUCGCCGGUGACAACUACACCAAAGCCGCCCAUGCCCGAUGAGGGCGAGACACAGGUCAAGGCAGGCGAGGGGUGCUGGCAAAUUGCGGAUCGUUGUUGCGAUGGGCAGGGCGCUGACUAUGCGACAGUCAUUUGUGAUCCACCAGCGUGCAGUCCUGGCCCUUCCGCGGGCACGACCAUCAAGUACAAUUGCAAAGGAUGCAAUUGA